AUGCCCGAACUUGUCACUGUAGCUUGUAAUGCAGAGUUAGAUGACUGCAACCUACUGCAAUUGCUCCGCCACCUUCAACGAGCGCGGGCAUUAAGGCUUCUCUUCGCUUGCUUCUACCCCGUCAUCUCAGCCAUCGAGUCUCAGUACCUCCGCACCAUCGAGGUCAGCCCACAACGCUCGAAUCUUGACGACGUGUUAAGCUUCGCGUCCACCACUAGCGACAGCCGAUCCUCCCGCCGCACCGAACACGCACAGUAUGUGUACUCCGGUCCGCUCCUACGCAACAGUGCAGUGUCAGCACUCGAUGAUGUAGUCGUCAAAUGUAGUCUUGAGCAACUCGUGCGCAGCAACAUCAACUUCAGCAUGGAUCUCGUUAGAGAGCUUUGUCGGGCGCACCACGUGGAAGGAUACUCCAGGAGGAACCCGCUUGUGAAAGAUACAAGCAGUAAUGCUUGUUUAAAUGGGUAUGUCUUCAGACGGGUUCGGACUGCAGCAGUGGACGUCUGUGCAUCGCUCGUUUGUGAUCGCUGAAACCUCCUCGCGAUUCUUCUGAAGCACCACAGCAGGUUUUGGUGCGUACACUCUGUGGUUGGGGAAGCAAUGACGACGUGGCGGAGUCACGGGACUCGCGGCUUGUUGCCGUCUGA